AUGAAUUCUCUUACAAAAAGCAUCAUCGCCGCAGGGCUGGUCUUCCACCCACUUGUCCAGGCCCAACAGCCUUCCUCGUCUUCUCCAGGAAACCCUUCCUUGACAACGUGGAAAUGCACUACUGGAGGGGGUUGUUUGCAACAGGAUACAUCAGUCGUUCUAGAUUGGGGUUUCCACUGGAUACACACCAGCAAUUCUCAAUCCUGCACCACCUCCUCCGGUGUCAACUCGGCCCUCUGCCCCGAUGAAGCUACCUGUGCUAAGAACUGCGUGAUCGAUCCGGCGAACUACGCAACAGCUGGCGUCGCCACCUCGGGAGACACUUUGACGAUGCACCAAUACUACCAAAACAACGGGGUCAUCACUAAUGCAUCACCGCGUCUCUAUCUCCUGGGCUCAGACGGCAACUAUGUCAUGCUGAAGCUCCUCGGCCAGGAACUUAGUUUCAAUGUGGAUCUGUCAACGCUUCCGUGUGGCGAGAACGGUGCUUUGUAUCUGUCAGAGAUGAGCGCCACCGGUGGAAGAAACGAAUACAACACAGGAGGCGCCCAGUAUGGUUCUGGUUACUGCGACGCACAGUCGCCAGUCAUGGCAUGGAGAAACGGCACUCUCAACACCAGUGGCCAGGGUUUUGGCUGCAACGAAAUGGAUAUCCUCGAAGCCAACUCCCGUGCAAACUCCUUCACCCCUCACCCCUGCAACGGCAAUGAUUGCGAUAAAGGCGGGUGUGGGUUCAAUCCCUACGCUCUCGGCCAGCAAAACUACUGGGGCCCAGGCGGUACGGUCGACACGUCCAAGCCGUUCACUAUCACCACGCAGUUUAUCACCGACGACGGUACCAAAACUGGGACUCUGAAAGAGAUCCGCCGUCAAUACAUCCAAAAUGGUAAGAUCAUCGCCAAUGCGAAGUCGUCUGCAGGUGUCGACUCCAUCACCGAGCCAUGGUGCGAAUCUGUUGACGGCGCUGCUGCUACCUACGGUGGUCUGAAGAGAAUGGGUGAGGCCCUCGGCCGGGGAAUGGUUCUGAUUUUUAGCAUCUGGAACGACGCAGGCGGCUUCAUGAACUGGCUGGAUAGCGGCAGCGCCGGACCCUGCAGUAGCACGGAGGGAAAUCCGUCAUUGAUUCAAUCCGCCCAUCCGGAUACUCAUGUGGUGUUUUCGAACAUCCGCUGGGGCGAUAUCGGAUCCACCUAUACCAACCCGGGCGGCUCUGGUUCUAGUUCCAGCUCUACUACGACCACAACCAAGACCACCUCCACCACUACCACUACGAAAAUCACCACUACCACCUCCGCAGGGGGUGCCACCCAGACCCACUGGGGCCAGUGUGGAGGACAAGGAUGGACUGGGCCUACCGCGUGUGCAUCGCCGUACACUUGCCAGAAGCAGAAUGAGUGGUACUCUCAGUGCUUGUAA